AUGGGCUCGUUCGCCAAGACGGGAGGCUUGAUUACAGGCGGGAUUGCUGCAAAUGAGAUUGUCGUUGGUGGUUGGUUCGUCCACGACGGGGAUGAUUGCAUAGGGGCGAUCGAUCAACAGACAAGUACCCUUCGGAAUGAAUCCGGAGGCACGAAAUUCGCGGCCUUUGAGGGGAUUGGCGCUCUGGAGUAA